AUGUAUAGCGACAUGGAUAGCGAAUCUUAUGAUUCAAUGAAUGAAAGAACGGAGGAUGAAAUGGUUACCAUGAGACCAGCCAAGAAACGAGCCAUGGUAGUCGAACAAGAGAAAGAGGAAGAAACAAGAAAGAAACAGGCAGCAGUUGAUGAAAACAGAGUCCGCCAACCAGGAAAUGGUGUCCAUGGUGGCGAUAUAGAAACCGACGUUUCUAUGGAUCAGCUAUUCCCAUGGGUAAACCAGACAUCGAAUAUCAUAACCCAGCUGGUUCAAACAAAACUCAUGGAGAGAUACCGAACGGAACGGGGCAUCUGGUCUGUCGGAAUGCACACAGACUUCAAGCGAGUUGCGCCAAAAAUGGACUUCUCGAUUCGGCCAACCACAAGCAGCAUUUCCAAUCAUGAUAUCUGCAAGAAAGCUUCUACGGCCGGCGCCACUUGGAUCGAUUUCUGGUUUUUACGCGUCAUGUUUGGCCCGUGUGCCUGUGCGAAGCAAAGCUGGUUUCCUGACCUUGCAGAGCAAUAUCCCUGGAUGCUUGACCAAGCUGCAACAGGUGUCGUUCCGUCCAACAUAGACAGCAUCAUGGAUAUGGGCGAGUCGGAUUGCCGCUGCAAUUUCUCAUCAGCGGUAGAACAUGCCACCACUCGCCCGCACACAAUCGAUGACGACUACGUUUAUCCAGGGAACCACACUUCCAUGGACUUACCCCAGAUAUGGACCUUUUGUGAAACUGGAUAG